AUGGUUUUUAUAAGCAUUGGCAACAGUCCAGCACAAGAAACAACCACACCUAUCACAGCAGGUACUACAGCUGCUGUAACGGCUACUACAAAUGUUACAGCAGGUACUACAACUGUCGUAACGGCUACUACAAAUGCUACAGCAGACACUACAACUGUCGUGACGGCUACUACAAAUGUUACAGCAGGUACUACAACUGUCGUAACGGCUACUACAAAUGCUACAGCAGACACUACAACUGUCGUAACGGCUACUACAAAUGUUACAGCAGGUACUACAGCUGAUGUAACGGCUACUACAAAUGUUACAGCAGGUACUACAACUGUCGUAACGGCUACUACAAAUGCUACAGCAGGUACUACAGCUGCUGUAACGGCUACUACAAAUGUUACAGCAGGUACUACAGCUGCUGUAACGGCUACUACAAAUGUUACAGCAGGUACUACAACUGCCGUAAUGGCUACUACAAAUGUUACAGCAGGUACUACAGCUGCUGUAACGGCUACUACAAAUGUUACAGCAGGUACUACAGCAACGACGGCAGUAGCAGCGAGAACAACAACGACAACAACUACAACAACACAAAGCGCAACGUCUACGGUCAUAUCGAAUGCGACAACGUUAUCAGUAUCGGGAUACAACGGAACGGCACUUAAUGGUACUUCUAGUGGUGUAAUUCUAGGUAAAAUACAAUCAAAUAUUCAUCUAUGGGCUUCUGGAAUUACCCUGUGCAGAUACAUUUUAUCUCAUACUUAUGUCUAG